GAAGUGUGUUAGGGUUGGAAUACCGUGCGAUACCUCCGUCCACAUGAUUAAUAGAUGAUUUUUCCCCGUGGCCUUUUGGGGGGAUGCAUCUCGGCUGGAUCGAUCUGCGGAUGCGUGCUGUAGUUUUGAAAUAGUAUCUUCGCCGUCGCCGAAAUUUUUGCGGAAGUAAAAUUGUGUACGUAUCGUUUUUGCGUUGGUCGUCUAGGGCGCGGUUUGCAAGGCGCAGGAACUGUGCUGUCCUACAAAGCAGGACGAAUAACCCCCGUUUCCUCCAGAUCCCCACCAGGAUCAGGAUGUUCAUCUCGCGUGUGUGAUGCUCCGUCGCGUUAUGACCAGUCACAGUGCACCAUGGAAUACUGAUCCCUACAUCGUGUCCCCAUGUUCUCCAAGUGUUGCUGGUGCAGGAGCAAGUCGAACAACGAAUCAAUGCCGACAGAUGCGGGGAAAAAGUGCGAUACGCCGAACGCGAGCAAAAACAACGAGCUCCCGAUCCUCGACAAUGUGAUCCGGAACGCCAAAAGCAAGAGCACCUCCGACGGUUCGGACGUUAAGAUCGAGGUCUCCGACAACGACGACGAGGUGUUCUGCGAGGGCGUCGGGCCCGCGGUCAAGCUGGCCGACAAUUUGGGGACGUGUAGAGGACACACGCCGCUCCCGACGUGGUUCAGGGAGUCCUCGGACGUCGAAACGGCAGACUCUGAGGCGCCGGCGACACCUCCUGCUACGCCGGUCGGCAAAGACGAGUUGGCUCUGAGGAGACACAGGCUAUUUUCUGAAAUCAUAGACCUGACGCAACACGCCGCCGAACAUAAGGUCAAAUUUGAUCCCUUCGGGCCCGUAAUUGCUGGAGGUCCAGAUGACAGCUGCCUGCGUAGUGACUUGGAAGAGCUAAUUACAAGACUAGAGUCAGUUACUUCUCGUUUAGAAAAAGUUUGCCUUCCAAUCGAACACUUGCUUAACUUUAGGAAAACUAGUACACCAGAAGAAAUAAACAUGAGUGUCCAAGGCUUCACAGACAUCAUUCAGGGACCACUAGCACAAUACCUCCAAAUAUCACAACAAAUCGGUGGCGACGUAGGCCAACAUAGUCAACUAGUCCACAACGCCUUUCAAAUGCAGUUGCAAUACUUGACUAUAGCUAGUCAGUCCAAACAACCGAGUCAGCCGGAAAUCAUCAACCUUCUAAAACCGACGAGUGAUCAGAUUAGUGCAAUACAAGAUUUUCGCGAGAAAAAUCGUACGUCCAAAUUUUUCAACCAUCUGUCGGCCGUCAGCGAAAGCAUACCGGCGCUGGGAUGGGUCACCGUGAGUCCCGCACCCGCCCCCUACGUCAAAGAAAUGAACGACGCCGGUCAGUUCUACACGAACCGCGUCCUCAAGGACUGGAAGGAGAAAGAUAAGAAACACGUCGACUGGGUGAAAGCGUGGCUCCAAUCGCUGAGUCAACUUCAAGCCUUCGUUAAACAACACCACACCACGGGGCUGAUUUGGGCCGGAAAGGGGACAGCCGCACCACCCCCGCCGCCACCCGGAUGCCCGCCGCCGCCGCCGGUCCUCGACUUCUCGGCCGCCCCGAGUGCAGGCGGCGACGCCGACAGGUCGGCCUUAUUUGCUCAAAUUAACCAGGGGGAAAAUAUCACUAGAAAUUUGAAGAAAGUUACGUCUGAUAUGCAGAGCCACAAGAACACGGCCUUGCGGGAGGGUCCAGCGCCUUUUAAGGCGCCCGAGAGGGCCGGUGGGAUUGGGUCUGGACUGGAUAAACCGCCGAAUUUCGUGAGGGAAGGGAAGAAGUGGCUUAUCGAGUACCAAAAAGGGAAUCAUAAUUUGUUGGUGGAUAAUGCGGAGAUGAACAACGUGGUGUAUUUGUUCAAGUGCACGGAUUCUACUGUCGUGAUUAAGGGGAAGAUCAACUCCAUCACGUUAGAUUCGUGUAAGAAGACUUCGGUAGUUUUCGACAGUCUGGUGUCUUCUAUGGAGUUUAUAAAUUGCCAGUCGGUGCAGAUGCAAGUGCUUGGUAAAGUUCCAACAAUAUCAAUAGACAAGACGGACGGUUGCCAAAUGUACUUGAGUCCUGAAUCGUUAGAUGUGGUAAUUGUCAGCUCCAAGUCAUCAGAAAUGAACGUCCUUGUACCUAAAGGAAACGGCGAUUAUACGGAAUAUCCAGUUCCUGAGCAAUACAGAACCACGGUAGUUCCAGGACAGGGCCUCAAUACCACCAUAGUGGAGAAUAAAGGCUAAACCCGUUUAUAUCUGACUUAGAUUAUAAUUAAUUUUUCACAUUUAAGCAAUUUUAUACAUAAAUUUGUAAAUUCGUACUUCCCUUAUCUACCGCUAUAUGAUAAGCAAUAUUUAAUUAUCGGUUGUGGAUUUAUAUCAGCGCGGUUUUAUAGAGAUGACGUGAUUCAAUCAUGGGUUUACCUCAUCAAUAAUUUAGUUAAUUUAAAUUAUGUCUAUGCCUUCAUUAAAUAACAGCUUUCUAGUUCAAA